AUGUUGAUCGCGCUCGAUACGUCCGAGGACGACGCCAGGCGCAUAGUAAACGAGGUUUACGAACUAAAUAUGCGCGCGUCAUUCGAGCUUCGCGGGUUCGCGUCGAACCAUCCUGCGGUUAUUGCUGACGUAGUUAACAGUAAAGAGGAAACGUCAUUGUUAGGCGCUAGCGAGAGCGAACGUACGUUAGGUUUGAAAUGGAAUCACAAGCGUGACACCUUAGGUUUCAACGUAAACUUUCGCAACACGCCCGAGGACGUACUUAACGGUCAGAAAUUACCUACAAAACGACAGGUUACGAGUAGUGCGAUGUCGAUAUUCGAUCCGAUCGGAUACGUUAGCCCCAUAUCCGUCUUAGGCAAGGCAUUAAUGCAGGAGAUAUGGCGCACCGGAAUCGGAUGGGACUCGCCCAUACCCGUCUCGCUCGCACCCGCAUGGCGAUCGUUCAUAGAUAACGUACAACAAUUACGGGACUUGGAAAUUCCGCGACACGUGCCCGCAUUUAAUAGGGAGGCAUAUAUGCAUGUUUUUUGCGACGCAAGUGAAAAAAUAUAUGCCGCGGCCGUGUACCUAGUCAGCGUCAACCCCGAGGGGACUAGAACGUCCGCAUUAGUGGCCGCAAAGGCCCGAGUGUCACCUCUCCGGGUAGUUAGUAUUCCACGAAUGGAAUUACAGAGCUGCGUACUAGCGACUAGGUUAGCGGAGACCAUAGUCAAAGAGUCAGACUACGUAAUAAAGGACAAGUAUUUUUGGUCUGACUCCAAAACGGCACUCACGUGGAUACGGUCGGACCCACGUAGGUACAAAACGUUCGUCGCACAUAGGUUAGCGGAAAUCGAGAACACUACCACCCCCGCCAACUGGCGCUGGGUGCCUAGUGCAGCUAACGUAGCUGACGACGCGACGCGCGGUUUACCUACGCAAUUUGGAGCGAACCACCGAUGGUUCAUAGGGCCCGAUUUCAUACGUAAAAGCGAGGAGCAUUGGCCGACAGAGAAAACGCCCGCGCCCGUCGCCGAUACGGGCGAAGAACGCGUUAACAAGCUCGUAUGCUCGGUAGGCGCCGCGAAAAAUAAGUUUGAGUACCUGCCGGAGGUAUGUAGGUUCUCAAAGUUCGUACGCUUAGUCCGCGCCACCGCUAAAACACUGGUUGCCGCCGAGGUUUUUAAAGCCGCAUUGCUUAAAAAGAAACCAGACACAGACAUAAAUAAGGGGCAUUUGAAUUUAGCAGAGAUAUUGCUUAUACGCCGGAGUCAACAUGAAGCCUUUCCAGAGGAAAUCAAGUUAAUGGAAACUGGACGGCCGAUUCCGAAGAAAUCGCCACUCCAUAAAAUCGCAGUAAAACUCGACAAAAAUGGAGUCAUCGUGCUGAACGCCAGAAUAGAUAAAGAGGUACACAUACCCGUUCUACACGCUAAAGAAGAUUUCGUUAAGCUGCUAAUACAUCAUUUUCAUGCUCUCUACAAUCACGGCAACCACUCAACAGUGAUAAACGAGCUGAAACAGAGAUAUUAUAUUAUCGGUCUGCGCGGUAGCAUUCGUUAUAUAACGAAUAAGUGCCAAUGGUGUCGGACCUAUAAGGGGACCACACUCAAGGUUCCUGUAGGCGACUUACCACCAGAGAGGCUCCAGGCGAAUCAACCGCCAUUUACCGCCGCAGCCGUAGAUUUAUUUGGCCCAAUGAAUAUUACAAUAGGCCGCCGCCGCGAGAAAAGAUGGGGCGUAUUAUAUACUUGCCUCACUACCCGAGCUGUGCACUUAGAGCUUGCCGCCUCACUUUCGGCAUCCUCUAUGAUACUCUCACUGCGCAGAAUGAUAGCUCGGCGCGGCACGCCUACCGUUCUGUACUCCGACAACGCAACUAACUUCUACGGAGCAGAACGAGAAAUUGCAGAGGCCAAGAAAACGCUGCCAGACAGUCUAAAGCCAUUCCUGACUGAACGAGCGAUCACCUGGAAAAAGAUACCGCCUGGCAACCCUUCCGCCGGCGGUGCAUGGGAACGACUCGUGGGCAGCGUGAAAACUGCACUGAAAGCUACACUAAAAGAGAGAGCACCUCAUGAAGAAGUUCUACACACGCUGCUUCUAGAAGCCGAGCACGUAGUGAACUCCAGACCACUGACACCUGUGAAUCCAGACCUAGAUGUCGAGGCUCUGACGCCGAACCAUUUUCUCAUCGGCCGGUCGAGCGCAAUGGCACCGCUGGGCGUCUUCACAGACAAAGAUAUGUCACUGUCGUCAUGGAAGACAGCGCAGAACUUAGCCGAUCACUUUUGGAGGCGCUGGCAAAAAGAAUACAGACCCAGCCUCCUCCCUCGGCCCAGUGCUCACCAGAACGUGCAGAAGCUAAAUAUAGGCGACAUCGUCAUCGUAGCGGACAGCUCUAUGCCACGAGGAACAUGGCCUAGAGGCGAAAUCGCACAACUCUUUCCCGGCCCUGAUGGCCACGGUUCCAUAGUGACAGCUAGCGAUGUGCCUAAGAGGAUUUUCAAGUUGCAGUUCCCAUAA